CCCGCCCCGCCCCGCCGGGCCGCGCUCCGGCCCCGCGCUCCGCGCGAGCCCACGCACCGGCCGCCCCGGGCGCCGGGACCAGCGCGGCCGCCGCGGCCAUGAGACGCAUCGCGCCGCGGCCGUGACAGCGGCAGGAACCGGAGCGGCGGCCGUGCUGCCCCGGGCCAGGCAGGAACCGGAGCGGCGGCCGUGCUGCCCCGGGCCAGGCAGAAAUAUUGCGCCAUUAGAAAAAAUUUCAUUUCUGAAUGUGGACUAAACCAAAUAGCAGCAUUCCAGUGCCACAGACAUUGCAAGCUUUGACCAGCUGUUGACAGAAGGAAAAUCUACCCUGUUCUAAGCAGAUCUCGUUAUUUUUCAGUUCCAUCCCACCUUAACUAUCUGAAGAAUAACAUUCAAGCACAGAGAAGAUGAAGCCCAUAGUCCAAAGAAGACGAUCCACCCCUUCUGCCAUUACUAAAGCUCUCGGCAAGUCCAAGUCCCAUUCCAGGGAAACUGCCCUUUCCUCCCCUCACCCGGACAAUGGGCUGCCCAGCGGGGUGUUCAGCAGCCCGGGCUCCACGUUCAUCCUGGAUGAGCGCGUACAGCUGACUGUGGGCCUGCAGACCCAGGAGAGACAUCUGAUCUUGUUCAGUGACGUGCUGGUCAUCGCCAAGUCCAAAUCCUCCUCCAGCCUGAAGCUGAAAAAGCAGGUGCAUCUGAGUGACGUGUGGACCGGCACCUGUCUCAGUGAAGUGACAGAGAAGAAGAUGGCUCCUGAGAACUCCUUUGUCAUCGGCUGGCCUACCAUCAACUAUGUUGUCACCUUCAGCUCAGCUGACGUGAAGGAGCGAUGGCUGUCGGCGCUGCUGUGGCAUAUCAAUGAGGUAAAACAGAAUGAGUAUGUGAAGAAUCUGACCCUUCAGAUCCUUGUGCUGGAUGCUGACAACAGUUCAUGUACUACCGCAGUCAACGUGUCCAAUGUGGAAACUGCAGAGAGCGUGAUGAAGAAGACCCUUCUGCAGCUCGGCCUUCCUGGCAAGACCAGUGAGCACCACCUCUGGGUGAUCUCAGGAAAGGAUGACCCUGCUUACCCGCUCAUUGGGCAUGAGCAUCCUUUCAGCAUCGCAGUGAGCUCUCUGCGGGACUCUGCUGACCAGCAGCAAGGAACCAACGACAACACCCUCCCGGCUGAUGGGACAGAGACGUCCUUCCUUGAUCAGCUCCCAAAGGAAAAACAGUGUCAGUUUGUCCUGAAACCCAGGCUCCAAGCGCCGGUGCAGCUGAGGAGAGAGUCACUGCAGAAACACAGCAAGAGGAAGAAGUCCCUGAUCGACUGGGCGCUGCGCCGCAGCAGCAGCACCCCCACGGGCAGCCCCCCCUCGCAGUCACCCACCACCCCGCGGAAGCUCUUCGGCCUCUCUCUGUCCUCUGUGUGUCCUGACGGGAUCCUUCCCAAGCCCAUCAUGGAUAUGCUGCUUCUGCUGUACAACGAAGGUCCCUCUACUAGGGGCAUUUUCAGACGAUCUGCCAAUGCCAAGACUUGCAAGGAGCUGAAAGAGAAGCUGAACUCUGGAGAUGACGUCCAGGUGGAUGGAGAGUCAGUCUUUGUGGCUGCUGCUGUCAUCACGGAUUUUCUACGAAAUAUACCUGACAGUGUUCUAUCCUCAGACAUGCACGGACUGUGGAUGGAAGCCGUGGACACAGAAAAUCGGGCACAUAAGAUUGAAGCUAUCAAAAGCCUGGUCAACCAGCUUCCAGAGGCCAACCUCAUCUUACUCAGACACCUCUUUGGAGUCCUCCAUCAGAUUGAGCAGAAUUCCGGUGUGAACCAGAUGAAUGCCUUUAACCUGGCUCUUUGCAUCGCACCCAAUAUGCUGUGGCUACCAAGUCCCACUGGGCCUGAAGAGGAGAGCCGGUCUACCAAGAAGGUGGCCUUGUUAGUGCAGUUCCUGAUUGAAAACUCAGGAGAGAUUUUUGGAGGUGACAUUGCUGCUUUGUUUCAAAGACCAGACAAAAAGACGUCCAAAAACUCAGAGGAAUGUCUGGGCGUAGGCUUGGCUCAGCAUGAUGAUUCCUCUGAUGAGUUGGAAUUUUCUGCUUGUGACCCAGAAGGGCCAAAGCACCACCCAGUACCUGAAACAGAUGCCAUUUUUGAACCAUCCAGCAGCUUGUUACUCGACAAGGGUCAGGAAGACUGGGACUUGUUCAGUGAGAUCACAGCCUGCUACCAGAGCAAAGCCAGGCAGAACGCCAGCGCAGACAGCUACGGGCUGCUGGAGGAGGAGGGCUCCCUCUGCUCCCUCGGCUCCAUCCGUUCCCUCAGCCCGGCCAGGGACCGCUGCUCCUCGGAGCCCAGCGUCUGCCUGGGCGCCCAGCCGCCCGGCCCCGGCCACGAGCCGGUGGCUCGCCAGUCCAGCUGCGACGCCACCAUCAUGCGCAGCCACACAGACUGUGUCCACCGGCUCCGGCAGCUGCAGGUGGAGAGCCAGAGGCUGAUAGAUGAAGGCCUGAGCCCUGGGGUUACUAAGGCCAGGCAGAACUUGUGGCAGUCGCCUCAGACCAGCUCGAGGGUGAAGCAGCUCAGCCUGCAGCAAUCCAGCCUGUCCAACAGGUCCAGCUUCUCCAGCCUGUCCUCUACCACCACCUCCCCAUCCGCCUCCUCGCUCAGCUCCUUGGACAGUGCUUUCUCCUACUGCUCAGAGUCAUCCGCCAUCAGUCCCACUGACGUCUCCUCCCUGCCAUUCAUGUUUGGCACGUCUGCCAGGCUUCACGCUGUGUCCCCCAAGACUGCCAAAAGGUCCUCAAAAGAGUGGCACAAGUCCUUCACGUCACCCGUGGCUUUACAUCUGUGUGGCCUGGACUGUCCCCCUGAGAACGACCCCAAGGCUGUGGAAAGCAGCCGUUGCUUUGGAGAGAGGAGAAGUUUUCCGUGCGUCAGCGGAGCUGCUGUGGGAAGCCCAGUGACCGAUGCCGCCUGCGAGGAGCAGGAGAGGCGGCCGAGCUGGGGGGGGGGCCCUGGCCCGGGGCUCAGGAGCCGGGACUGUACGAAGGAGUGUGGACGAAUCCCCGAGCUCGCAGCUGCCAGCCCAGCGCAGGAGGAGCCCCCGCGCAGCAGCCGCCAGCGGCACAGGGAGGAGGCGGUGACGAACGUGGAAAUCAAAAGUGUUGACGCAUGCCCUCCGAGCCAGGAAAGCUUGAAGCGCACCAAGAUAACUUUUUACAUGGCCCCAAACAAAGAAAGCUGCUGGGGGUCUCCAGUGAAAGAGGAGAGACCUGUGGCACAUGCCAGCAGCAGCCGUGGGCAAAGCCCAUCCAAGAGCUUGCAGGCUGUGAGCGUCCACAUCCCCCAGACAGUUUUCUAUGGGCAGGACACCCCCCUUGUUCUGCAGUCCAUCUCCAGGCGCCACCACUGUGAAGCGAGGAUCCCGUCCCCGCAGGCAGAGCACAAAGGGAGCCCCCAGAGUGUCCCCACUCCUGAGGAGCUGGAGAGCAAGCCAGUGGCUGUGGGGCAGGCACCAGCCCAGAGCAGGAGCUUAAACACGUUCAGCCACACCAUCCGUAUCAUCCUCCCCGCCUCCAUUCGGAACACCGUCAGGGAGUAUUUCAAGCACGAUGAAACGCAAAGCUGUCCCGAGGUGGAGGCGGUGGAAGACGAGCUCCGGAGCAGGGCGGCAUGGCUCCGCAGCCGGCCACGGGCACAGGCGGCCGCGGAGGAGCGCGGUACAGUGGCGUUUGCAGAAGAGACGUUUGUCUAGGCAGAUGGAUGUGGAAGAACUGAAUAUUUUUUUGUGUAUGUGCAACAGAAAAUAUUCUGUAAGUUGUGAUCAGGGUGUGAAGAAUCUAGCAGGCUGCAUGGGGCAACAAGUGUAAAGUGACACUAAUGUGUGUGUAAUGUUGGGGUUUAACAUUUAUUUUGGCUGGGGUGGGGGAGAGAUUGUUCUUGUUUUAAAUUUACACCCUUUUUCUACAGAAGAGACUUCACUGGCUGGGGGGCUGAAUGCCACCAGACACUCGUGCCAGUGCAUUGGCUGACCUGAACGGGGUCUGACUCCAUUUCUUUUUUUUUUUAACUUUUUUUUAUUUUCUCCAAUCAGCUGCUGAUGUGUGUGGAUGAUCAGAGAAGUGGGACAGCUAAUGCUCCAUCAGAAUUACUUAAAAAUCCUUACACUUGCACAAAAUCCUCCACUAUUCAGUGUUCACCGCCACCAUUCAUCCAAAGACCCCUCACCUCCAUCCCAGAAAUCACUGCCGCUUCUCUCUGCUCAUCUCGCAUCCCCAGUGGUCCAGCUCACAGUCUGCAUUCAUUAUUGGUUGAAGCUGGGUUCUGGAAACACCAAAUGGAGCCCAGAACCCAAAGCCCAGCUUUCACAGACAGAUAGCAUAUGCAAUAUUUUAACCUAAGAUUACUUUUUUUUUCCCCAGUUAAUGGUGGGUUGAUACUCUCUGCCCAUACCUCCCCUAAAGCUGGCAUUUGACAGAGCCACAGUUACCAUGGAGGUUUUUAGCACUGUCACUUUAGUAGGCUAUGAACAUUUACCUUCUUUGGUGUCCUCUGGAAGCAGCUGGUCCUUUUAGUCCUAGUAAAAGGUGAUAUUUCAGAAGGCCCUUUUGCUAGGCAUUGUGGAUGGGGCAACUAAUCAAAGGUCUAGGCAUGCUGAGAGGGAUUUAGGCAGUAUUUGGCUUUAGCAUGAGGUCAAGGAGUUGUGGAAGUUGUCAAGAAUGCUGUUGAGUGAUGCUGAGCAAAGCCACAUCUGGCUAGAAAGUUGCCAGACAGCCCAUAAGCUGAGGCUGCCCAGGGGUCAGCAGCUCUGAUGCGGUUUCACGGGAGCUCUGGGUUCCCACUCAGCUCGGUACGUGUCCCGGGGCGGAGUGCCAGGCAGGGACAUGCUGAGCUGUGCCGCACCACUGCGGAAGUGCAGCUGGUGGGCUCUGGGAGCAUUCCCGUGGUGCCACCACAGCACCGCACAGCACCACCGCAGCCCCGCGGGUGCUGCCGGCUGAGCUCCAGAAGCAGCUGAGCCACCGCGUCACCUUGACAGGCUGUAAGAAAACAAUGGGAAAAGUCUCAAAGAUUAUGAGGUUCAGGAUGUUUCAUUUGAAAGUUAUGUGAGUGUUUGUGGUUUCUCUCUGAGGGCCACUCCUUUUACUCCAUUAACAGUGAAUGGGUGAAGGACAAGAGAAAUGAAUGAAUCCCGUGUGGAGUACGUGCCCCCCAGAGCUGCUGUCUGCAAACAGCCGAACCACGCGCCGCGGUUCGCUCCUGGCUCGGGGCAGCGCCGCUGUGACGCCCCGCGGCUGCCGCGCGGCUGGCCCAGCCCGUCCGUGCCAGGGCAGGGCGGGGAGCGGCCCAGAGCCCGCGCCAGGUGCGCUGACUUUGAUCUGUCACGCGCAGGGUAUUUAACUCUCAAAUGCGGCACUCCGUGCCUUGGUGGCCCUUGUAUAAUGAAAGGUGUAUAGACUCAUAAUACCAGCUCCCCCGGCAUCGUUUCCCUCGCACGUGAACACUGAUGAGGCAUUCACAGUCUUUUUUACAAGAGCUACAGUUGUAACUAUUUCAAUAAAAGACACGACUUUG